AUUUCAGAGAAAGAAAAAAAAGAAUAAUAAUAAUUAAAACGUUAGGUUCUCACGUGUACACCUUACCUUACCACUUCUCCAUUCUCUCUGUGUGUCCUCCUCGUGAUUACCGUUCAUCUCUCCCGUUCAGAUCUGACGAUCCAGAACAGUAGUAAGUGGUGGGACGGGGUUUGGGGAGUAACAUGGUCAAAGCGUAGUCCUUGUUCAGCAGACCCCAUGAGUUUGUAUCACCCACGGAGGCUCACUCAUGCGGGUCCUUCUUUCACUUUUUUAUUAAUCUAAUUUUAAUUAAAAAAAAAUUAUUUUAAUAAAAGGGUCUCCGAUUUCAAAGCCCGCCAUUACUUCGAGGACCCAAGUUUUUUGCCAAAUUUUCAGUAAAACCGCCAAGUCGUUUGGAAUAAUAAGAAAAGCUUAAGGGUAAAAAGGUAAUUCAAUAAGACCAUAGUCCGCCCACACUUUAAAAGACCAGAAAAACGGGAGACGCUGUAAAGUGGUAGUAACUAGUAAAGGUACGUUUUUUAGUGAGAUGGGAGCGAUUGUUGGCGACAGAGAGUGAGUAAAAAAGGUUGUUGUUUUGAGAUGUGGUGAGACGGUGAGUGGUGGUAGAGGAUUGUUUGGAUACCGAGAAAGUUGAGUGAAUUUGUUUUUGUUCUUGUUUAAGAUGACGACGGGGAUGGUUCGGGAUCAGCAGCUAGAGAAACAUAUGGAGAAGCAGAUGGGUUGCAUGGCUGGGUUCCUUCAGAUCUUCGACCGUAACCAGAUUCUUGCUGGGAAAAGACUUUAUUCCACCAAACGCCUCCCUUCUUCUGUGUCCGUGGAUUCAUCUCCGGAAUCUGAGAAGACGAUUCAAUCCCCUGUGGUGCCUAGAGAAUUGGAGAAACAUAAGAAUACCAGAUCAACUCCAUCGCCGGACCGGUCGAAGCCAGUUUCUGUGGCCACGGAGCUUCCCUUUCCGGUACCGGAGAACAGUCCGCCUAAAGAAACUCCACCUAAGUCUCCUCUUCCCCUUCCAGUAUUCGAAUUCAAGGAAGGCACUAGAACGGCAUGGAAGUUCUCCAGAGAAGCUCCAAGGCUUUCUUUGGAUAGCAGAGCUACGGUUGAUGCGAAAGGAAGCCUCUACCCGAGGGAGAUAAAAACUAAUGCUUCGAUUUUGAAGGCUAACCGAAACGAAAACCAUAAUCAUGGAGAAGAAGAUGAUGAUAAAAACCGCAGAUCACCAAGCGUCAUAGCUAGAUUGAUGGGACUCGAACCCUUGCAGCAUUCAGUAGCUGAACCGGUCAAGAAAGCUGAACUUCGAAGAUCUGCGUCGGAGUCUCGAGUGUCCAAAGAUCUGUAUCAGCAUCGCUCUGUCGAGGGGAACGGUUUUCAGGGGAAGCAAUGCCAACAAGCUCAUUUCAACGUUUCUAGCAAUGUAGUCAGAGAUAAUGGCGGAAACGAAGAUCGAAUUUUCAAUGCUAGAGCAGGGGAUCCAAAAACAUUUGUGAAGUAUAACGAAGCAACGAAAGGUCAUCUUCAGCACAAAGGUAUUGGACAGAGGAAAAGCUAUUUCGACUCGGCAGAUUUCUUCCCUGAGCCUAAACAGACUGCGUCUCUUUAUUAUGGCGAGAUCGAGAAGAGGUUAAGAAUGAGAGGAAUCGAUGAACCAGCUAAGGAUUUGGAAACUCUGAAGCAAAUCCUCGAAGCUCUGCAACUUAAAGGUCUUCUUCAUCCCAAGAAGCCUUCGUACCAUACCGACUACAGGAACUUUGUCUACGAUCAGAGUUUCUCCAAGGAAUCACCUAUUGUCGUUAUGAAGCCAACGAGAUCACAAUCUCCGACGGGUCGCUCUUCAAGGUUCGUUGGAAGCGAAUCGCCGCCGCCGGUGAGUUUUCGUUCAAGAACCAGUAUUCGCCGGAAUAUCAAUUACACCGGCGAGUUUUUGUCAAGUCCGAGACGUGAACAGCGAGGAGAGAUGGAGCAGAGCAACCGGAAUCGCAGCCCAAGUAGAAGCCAAGCCCCAACUUCUCGGAAUGAGAAGAGUCCAAGUAGAAGAAGACCGUUGAGCAUUGAAACGCAAAGGAAAGGAAACGAUAUUACCGAGCAAAGAAGAGUAUCUCCUAUUCAAUCUCCAAAACUUAAUUCGAGGAGAAUGGGGACGGAUCAACAGACCCUGAAUCGGUCACCAAGGAGUCGUAAACCAACGAUGGAGAUCCAUCGAAAAGAGGAUGAAUCGUCCACCACCGUGUCAGAAAGUAGCAUUAACACUUCAACCGAUACAGAGAGAGCAAAAAUGGAGGAAUACAAAGAAGGGAGGAGUUUAUUGGAGAGGUGUGAUAAGUUGCUUAACAGCAUAGCUGAAAUAACAACACCCACAGCCGAGUUACAACCGAGUCCAGUGUCGGUUCUUGACUCGUCGUUUUACAAGGACGAAUCGUCCACUUCCCCUAUCAUGAAACGAAGCAUUGAUUUCAAAGAUCAACCCUUAGAGCUAGCAGACGAUAUUUGGGGAUCGGCUAUCUCAUCGCCGUUCGAUGAUGAUGAAGCCGAGGACUGUGAUCUGGUCUAUAUUUCAGAGGUUUUACGAGUUUCGAACUACAUACAGGAAGACUCAGAUAUUUUCCUAUUGGUGGAGAAGAAUCUGUAUCCGAACACCUCUAAAAUCUCAAGACUCCAACGACGACUGAUCUUCGAUACCAUAAGUGAGAUUCUGAACCGAAAUCGGCAGUUGCCUCCGUGGAAGAUCGUAACUCCUGUAAAUUCUCCGUCGGACCAAGUGUCACUGAGGGACAUUUGGUCUGAAUUUAGGAAAAUUCGAGAGAGAGAGGAGUCAGAGGAUUUGUUCGAGGUGAUCUGUAGAGUUAUGAAGAAGGAUUUGGCGGGUGACACCGUUCAUGGGUGGGGUGAUUCCCCUAUUGAAGUCUCGGAAGCUGUUUUGGACAUUGAAAGACUGAUAUUCAAGGAUCUAAUCGGUGAAACCAUCAGAGAUCUAGCUUCACUUUCUGCCAUGAGCUAUUAUCAAUCUUCACCCUCGUGUAGGAAGUUGGUAUUUUGAAAAUAGGGUCAGAAUUUAAGAAAAAAAAAUGAAGAGAGUAAUUUUGGAGCGUUUUUUUACUUCACUUCUUUUCUACUUUGUUAGAUUAGAUAAUUGCAAAUCGCGUACGCUUGUGAAAUUAGUCCAAUUUUAGCUAUGACAUUUGAAAUUUGUAAAAAGAGAACAAAAAAAUAAUUUAGUGUUUAAUUAUAUGUUUGGUGAUGGUCCACACCGUUACAACGAAUGGUAGAAGUAAAAGGUCCACGUGUUCGUUUGUGGUUUCA